CGCGAGUCCAAACUCUCAGUGCGACUCUCUCUCUCUCUUUCACACUCGAGGCCAGAAUGAACUCUCACUGGAAAACGGUGUGGGCUUUCAAGAACGAGCUGAUCAUUGUUCUGGCGCUCCUGUUGUUCCUGCCGCUGCCCUUGGUUAUUCCCACCAAGGAAGCCCGAUGUGGAUUCACGAUCCUGAUCAUGGCUGUGUACUGGUGCACAGAGGCACUGCCGCUCGCUGUCACUGCCUUGAUCCCUGUCCUCUUCUUCCCGAUGUUUGGAAUCAUGGAAUCCUCGGAGGUGUGUAUGCAGUAUCUGAAGGACACCAACAUGUUGCUGGUUGGAGGUCUGGUCGUGGCGAUCGCGGUGGAGCAUUGGAAUCUACACAAACGCAUCGCACUCAGGGUGCUACUGAUAGUUGGAGUCAGGCCGUCCCUGCUGAUGAUGGGUUUCAUGGGCACGACCGCCUUCCUCUCCAUGUGGAUCAGUAACACAGCGACCACUGCCAUGAUGGUGCCCAUUGCCCAGGCCGUGCUGGACCAACUCAACGCGGCCGAGUCUGAGAACAUCGAGCUGGAAAGCGUCUUCGAGAACCAGAUGGCGCUGGAGGGCGAGGUGACGAAAAGUGACAACUGUGUUACCAAGGACCCCGAGAAACUCCAGACGAUGGAUGGCAUGGAAAAAGGCAGGGACGCCACUGAGAAAUCCAAUGGACAUCUCCAGCAGCCCGAAGGCACGGCAGAGGUAGACGAGGUAGCAAGAAUGAAGUUGCAGAGGCACCAGAAGCUGUCGAAGGGAAUGAGUCUGAGUGUCUGCUACGCAGCCAGUAUCGGGGGCACGGCCACUCUCACCGGGACCACCCCAAACCUCAUCAUGAAGGGCCAGAUUGACGACCUCUUCCCGAACAACGGAGAUGUGAUCAACUUUGCAACUUGGUUUGGGUUUUCCUUCCCCUGCAUGUUUAUCAUGUUGAUCUUGACAUGGAUUUGGCUGCAGAUUUUAUUCCUGGGAUUUAACUUCAAGGAGAACUUUGGCUGCCAGGCCCGCAAAUCACAGAAGGAUAUCUCUGCGUACCAGGUGAUCAAGGAGGAGAUGAUAAAUCUGGGCCCGAUGACGUUUGCAGAGACGGCCGUGUUGAUCCUUUUCAUCCUGCUGGUCGUGCUUUGGUUCACCCGUGACCCUGGCUUUGUUGACGGGUGGGCCACUGUCAUCUUCAACAAAGGAGGCAAAGACUAUGUCACCGACGCCACAGUCGUCAUCUUCAUCUCGGUCAUAUUGUUUAUAUUCCCGUCAGACAAGCCCCGGUUGCCCUGUUGGGAUAGAAGCGGGAGAGAUGAGGAGCAGAGUGAAGCAGGUAACAGGCUCAGGUAUGGCCGCGCUCCGCCCCUGCUCAACUGGCCAGUGGUCCAGCAGAAGAUGGCUUGGAAUGUGGUGCUGCUUUUGGGAGGGGGCUUUGCCCUGGCGAGGGGCAGUGAGAGGUCCGGCCUCUCCACCUGGCUCGGGGGCCAGCUCACACCGCUGGAGGCCAUUCCGCCAUGGGCCAUUGUCAUCCUGCUGUGCCUGCUGAUUGCCAUCUUCACCGAGUGUGCCAGCAACGUGGCGACCACCUCACUCUUCCUGCCCAUCCUGUCGGCAAUGGCCCUGAGGAUUAACAUCAACCCACUCUACAUCAUGCUGCCCUGCACCCUCUGUGCAUCCUUCGCAUUCAUGUUGCCGGUGGCAACCCCACCAAACUCAAUCGUUUUCUCCUACGGCUACCUGAAGGUGUCAGACAUGGUGAGAGCUGGAUUCAUCGUCAACCUGAUUGGCGUGCUGGUAAUCUCGCUGGCAGUGAACACUUGGGGAAUGCUGAUGUUUGACCUGGGUAAUAUCCCCAGCUGGGUAAACAGCACCGCCCAGCCUUGAGUCAGGGCCUGGAUCAAGCAGCCCCUGCAGUGACCCAGCUUGCAGUCUGCCUCUCCACCGGUAACCCCGCUCUCAUUGAUCACGAACAGCCGCCCCGCUGCCACCAAAUCUAGUCACGCAAGUGUCACAUUAGCCUGGACAUCCUGAGCCCUGGCACAAAGACUUUGUUACUGCCGCUGCCGCUGGUCAGCUGACUGGACACAUGGACACCUUGACCUUGUCGUCAACUCUGUCGAUUCGCCUCACCUCGUCACCGGCUGCACGGUUUGCACACGCCCACCGGCGUCCGCUGGGGUCGGAGACUCCGAGCCGCAGACCUGGACCCGAGCACCAGCCGGCCUGAUACAUCGACUGUUUAUACCUCUCCAUAGAUGCUGCCCGACCUGCUGAGGUGCUGCAGCAUUUUGAAUGUCUUCCUCUGAAUUUCCAGCGUCUGCAGAAUCUCAGUGUUUAUCAUCGGAUUGCACCCGGACUCCCAAACUUCUGCGAGAAUUCCAAGUGUUCAUUGGCACUUUACCACAUGCGUUUAUCGAUAUGGGUGUGAGUACGCGUGUACGGGCACACUUAUGCUUCUGAAUACACGUGUAUGUACAUAUAAAUUACACACACGCACACCCAUCAACACGCGUGUGACAUGUGUGCACGUGUAUCUGUGCAUAUUUGUGCUUUGUCUGAAUGUGAGUGUGAAUGUGUGGGUGUGCUUCCGCGUGUGUGUGUGUGUGUGUGUGUGUGUGUGUGUGUGUCUGUGUCUGUGUCUGUGUGUGUGUGUCUGUGUGAGUCCGUGUCUGUGUGUGUGUGUGUGUUUGUCUGUCUGUCUGUCUGUCUCCAUGUAGGUGAAACCUGGGAGUUUGAAUUUAGUUGAACUGGAGAUCAUAGAAACAUUAAAUGAAAAGUAUCCUGACAUUCUGUGACCUGUUUGUUGUCUG